UGCUUUCAUCAACAACAUCAGCAUAAGCCCCCAGCAGACACACUCACAGAACCCGGAUCAGUCACGAUGUCAUCAUUAGCGUGUGGAAGUCAAGUCACCUGGAUGAUGUCAUGUUAUCGGCCAAAGACUUACUGAUAAAUGAAUCCAGCAGCUCAGCAUGCGAUCCAGGUAGUAGACCAUGGAGAGCCAAGACGAUAGACCCAAGGAGCCAACAUCCAAAGGCUCCGCAAAGCAGCAAAAGGAAACGACAGGAGAGUCUUUGAGGAAGAGGAAUGCCGACGUCCAACGAGAAACGGAGGACAGAGAGUUGGACCCCAAAAGUGGAAAAAUCAACUUGUCCAAGAGGGAUUUGCUCCAGCUUCUGGGAAUCAUGGAAGGUGAAGUUCAGGCCCGAGAGGACUUCAUCAAUCUGAUGAGUUCUGCGACAAGUGGCCCAGAAAAGCUGGAGUCCCGAUACGGAUGGCCCGUUCCCGCCAAAGUGCAGUGGGCCCUGCAAAGGGACGACGGUGUGUUUGCCCGCCGCGGCUGCCUCGCGGACGACGUGUACAAGACACCCAUGGCCCAGCUGGAGCGUCUGGAGGACAAGCAGAGGGAGACGUACCGCCGCAUGCUGGAGCAGCUUCUGCUGGCCGAGAAAUGUCACCGCCGCACCGUGAUGGAGCUGGACAGCGAGAAGAGCAAACACGCCGACUUCAUCAAUAAGAGCGACGACUUCACCAACCUGCUGGAGCAGGAGAGGGAGCGACUGAAACAACUGUUGGAGCAGAAGGAGGCCCACCAGGCCCAGAAGGACAAGGAGCACAGCAGGCACCUGGAGAAGCUCCAAGUCCAGUUGCUCAAGCUCAAAUCCUUUGCCCUCAUGCUGGUGGAUGAGCGAGAGACGCACGCUGAGCGACUGGACCUGCAGAGCCAGAAGGUCCGGGAGCUCGCUCAGCAGUUGAGGGACAAAGAGCAGCGUCUGGCGGAUGUCACUGACGAGGCAAAGCGGGAUGGCCUCAAGGUCUUCGAACUGGAGGAGGAGCUGGAGCACAGGAUGGCCACUUCCAAACUAGAGCAAGAGGCGAUGACGGCCAAACUGUCCGACCAAGAGUCCCAAAGCCAACAGCUGAGGCUGAAGCUCAACCAACUGGCCAACCGGAUGGAAGAGCUGCAGAAGAGCAACAGGCAGCGAUUGGACGAGGACCUUCAGAGGGAUGAGUGCCAAGACUCCUCCCCCGCAGCUGAGCUGGAAAUCCUGCGGAAGAAAGUGCUCGAGCUGGAAGGUCAGCAUGAGGAGAUCAGCGAGCGCAGGGAGCUGGCAAUGAGGCUGCGACACGAGGAGAACAUCAGCAAGGAACUUAGGCUGGAGGUGGACAAGCUGCAGAGGAGAAUGGCUGACAUGGAGAAACUCGAGGAGGCUUUCGGCACAAGUCGGAUGGAAUGUUUGCAACUCUGCGCCAAGCUGGAGAAAGAAAAACAAGUCGCAAGCGAUCUGGAAGGUGACCUGGAGAAGCUCAAGAGACGACUCAAAGGAUUGGAGUCCCUGGAGGCAAAGCUGGAGAGGGCAGAGAUCAUCCUCAAAGAUGAUCUCGCCAAGCUCAAGUCCCUCACUGUCAUUCUGGUGGAUGAAAGGAAGAACAUGGCAGAGAGACUGAAACAGGAAGAAGAGGAAAGAGAAGCGCUGAGUUGCAAGUUGAAAGCUGAAGAAUGUAAGGUGAGUCAAGUCACAGAGAAGCUGAUCGACGAGAGCAAAAACCUCCUCAGAUUGAAAUCCGAGGCGGAGGUAAAAGUGACCAGAGUAAGUGAAGAAAACGAGCACUUGAAAGGUCAACUUAGGACGGAGCGGGAGCGAUGUCGCCAGCUCAAUACCGACAUGUGCGCCAUGAAAGCCACGAUGGCCGAGACGCAAAAGAUGCAGACAGGCCAGGAAGGUCAAUUAAAAGAUCUCGCGGAGGAAACGGAGAACCUCAGUAGCCGACUCGUGCGGCUGGAGGUGGUUGAGAGGGACUUGAUGAAGACAGAGGAUCUGGCAAAAAGCUCAGAUCUGGAAGCGCCUUUGAAAGAGAAGAUCCAUCAACUUAUGGCCACCGAGGACCGGCUGUCCCAGUUGCAAGCCGAUUAUUCUGUCCUCCAGCAAAGGUUUCUGGAGGAGGAGGAGGGGAGGAAGAGCGCCAGCCAAGAGGCGGCCGACCUCAGGCGGGAACUAGAAGCCGGAAGGCGCUACGCUCGCAUCUCCAGGCCCGGCGUCAACGUGGGGAGGACGGCAGAAGCUCGCCUGGCAUCCACGGCCACGCAGACCGAUGCCCCGCCCGCAGCUUCUGCUGACGAUUUCAUUCGCCAGUCUGUCCUGGAGGAGAAACACCUCAUGACCCAGCUUAGGCAACGCGAGCUCAAAAAGCCCGCCAUCCGAGAACGUCAUCUGCCCGCCAUAGCCGAACCAGAGGCCAUUGGGAUAGGAACAACCCCAAGCCAAGGUCACGCCCCUCAGGUGUCUGUCUCGCAGAAGCCAGGCCAGCCGCUUCACAUCCGGGUCACGCCCAAUCCCAACAACAGCACUGCUACCCUGGAGAUCACUGGCCCACGGGGCCGAGACUUCUUUUCCAGUUCGACAGUAAUCCCAACACUCGGCCUUCGCCCCCCUCACAUCACCAUCGUCCCGAAGACCACCGCCAUCGCGGCAAAAGGCAAACCGCGCAACGUGGCUGAUCCGGUGCACUCCCCUGUUACCAUAACGACCAUCUCCACAAGCACAAGUCCCGACAAGAGUGACAGCCGCCCGGCACCGCUCUCCAUCGUCACGGUCAGCACCGGCCCAGCAGCUCGAGCUUCCCCCAAACUUCUGCCGGAACCUCUGCGCGGGGACACGGGUGGUUCCACCGCGGGUCCCGAUCAGCGAUCCGGCGCCGCCUCGGCUGCGCUUGUCAACUGCAACGUGGUCAUGACGGAGGACAGGAAAAUUCACAUCCGCCUGAAGACCACCGACAGGCAGGACAGAGAACGUGUCCAGCCACUCUCAGCAAGGUCAAAGACCGAAGGUGGCAAAAUGAGCAGCAGCUUAAGCAUUACGCCCGUCGUGACCGCCACGUGCAGGUCAAUGACCUCUGUGGGGAGAGUGCGGCCACAACUUUGAGCACGCAAUCGCAGAGGUAGCAAAAGUAUUUUUUGCAUGUUGGUACCGAAAGUAUCGGUUCGCUAAUCCCAUUUCCUGAGUAGCUUCUCGGUCAUAAUGGUGGUCCCUUGGACAAAACCAGUUGCUUUAAAGUAACCCUCCCAAAUAUGAACGUACUUGUGUCUUAUUGAUGUACAGAGGUUAAAAUCGGGUGGCUGAAUACCAACAUUUUGUAGACUAUUUUGUGUACAUGUCCAUGGAUAAUUGUUGUGAGACAAUGCUGAUAGGAGUGAUUUUAUGGUUUGGAAAAUUGUCUGCUGCAGUUUGCCUUAAAUUCAAAUGGUGGUGCUAGUGUACCACAAAAAGUGUCACGUCUGAGUUCUGCCGCAUGCACACUGCAAGGUGGUAAUUUAGAUGUCUAGAACAUCUUCAACGGAUCAUCAGAUUGAAUGCUCGUUUUUGUCUAUAUCUGACUUGGUCGUGCUCUACAGGCUGUGGCCAGUGAUUCAAUCCAGACCCCUGCAAAUUUUCCACAAUAUAUUAUACUGACUGAUUUGUUUCAAUUUAAGUCAUAAAUCCAAAGAAAAUAUCGAACUGUGAACUACUGCGGUUGACAAGUUUCUGAUUUCCCCUGAGCUACCGAUUUAAUCAAGAUGCCUAGAAACAAGAUAAUGGGAAACUUUUUAAUUGUUCAUUUUCGAUGAAGAAGAAAAACAUUUAAUUGUUCAUUUUAGAUGACUCAUUUAUUUUUAUCCAUCCUACACAUUAAAAAUUGCCACACAAACACUUUUGUCUAUAGACUCAUUGAUUUGAUUUACAGUCCACUACAUCACCUAAUGAUUUUCAAUACACAUAUUUUGGAAAUCAACGUGCCAGUGCUUGUAAAUGUUUCCUUCACAGAUAAUAAUUGCACCAACAUCCAUCAAACCAUCUAUCCAUUUUCUUUACUUUUUCACUUAGGGCAUAAGGCUCGAGUAAUCAUUGGGUGCACAAGUUGGGUUAGAGUUGAUGAUCAUUGUGUUUAUCUGACCCACUUAAUUUAAACUCAGGAAAAGUGUGACCAUGGGGCAUCCAAUUUGGGGUUAUGGCAGGACUUUGUUGAGUAUUGGGACCCUCGUCAGAAUCAGCCAGCCUCAGACAAUGGUUGGGGUCAGAGGUCCUUAAAGACUUGGGGUGAGAGGGCUAAUGACUCAGUAUUGAACUGGGAGGAGCCAGCAAGUAGGUUACAAUGUUUCUGACAAUGCCAAAGAAAGAAUUCUCCUCUAUGUUGUUCGAUUGAUGCAGAAGAUCUUUUGAACUCUGCCUGUUUACUCCCCCCUUCUCUCCUUCACUCCAUCAGCUAAUACAAGCUGGGCACGAGCGAUUCUGGCUUGUCCAAGCUGUGGCAUCGACUUAUCUUCAUUGCUUCACAUAACCUCUGACCUCACUGGGUCAAGUCUGCAGCCGUUUGGACCUCCUCCACCUGGCCUUUAUUGCCACCCAUCAGACAGUCCGGAUGGAUAGGUCUCCCCUCAGGAUGUCAACAGGAUUACAUUGUUGUUUCAGUAGAGGGACCCCGGGAAGUAUAAUAUAAGAAAAAUAUGGGCAGCUUCCUUUUUUUCUGUACAUGAAAUAUUUAUUCAAUCAGUUUUUGAAUAAGCAUUUUAUCUCAUUUUACAAAUUAUGACCAAUGAGUUAGUAGCUGAUUAGACUAAGUAGGCUUUCAAAGAUGCAAGCAUGAACCGGAUCAACCAAACUCCACAUUUGAUUCCGCGAUAAGGGGAUCAUUAAGUCAAGCUGCCCAAAAUUUAAGUAUCACAUUUAUGAUUCUAGUAAUGUUGCAUUGACAUUUGAGUCUUAUUCGAAUGGGUAAAUAAAGAUUCAUUGUAGUAGUG